CUAUCAUCUUUCGAAACUAGCCCCAUAAGAAACAAAUUGUAUUACAGUGAUCCUAAUUUGUUGUAAAAAAACAAAUUAUUUCGAUCAUCCUAGUUAAUCGGUUUGCUAGAAUCUAGCUGAAACUUUCCCUUUUGUCUCCCCACCCAAGUCAAACCCCAAUUUCCCAUGGACUUCUCCGUAAAGCCUCUCGGCGGCUCACCUUCUCCAUCGUCCUCAACCUCUUCCUCCACUCCUCACCGUUUCAAAUCCGUUACCACACCAAGCGCUUCCGCCGCUGCCGUCUCAGGAAUCUCCCCCUCCGCUGCCGCCGAUCGAGAUCCGAUGCAUUCUUGGUGGGAGUCAGUUUCCAAGCAACGCUCACGCAUCCUCUCUCUCUCAUCUCUCCUCUCCGGCGAUUCUCACUCGGAAAACGGCGACGUAACUCCGAUCUCUUCUCUGGCUGAUUCCGAUCGGCCGGCGCUAUCGUUGCUCUCUUCUCGCGCUGCUUACUCGUGGAUCUCGUCUUCUCUUUGUAAUCCAGCUUCUGGUUCUGGAUCUGAUCCGCUUUGUCAAUGGCUAUACGAAACCUACCUCUCCUCUGAUCCACCGCUUCGUCUCGUCGUCUUAUCGUUCCUCCCCUUACUCGUCGGAAUGUACUUAUCUCGAAUUCAUUCCAUAGAUUCGUCGUCUCUUCCGUCUCUCUCCGGAUUCGAAGCUGUGCUUCUCGCAAUCUUCGCCGCCGAGGUUAAAUCUCGCGGAGGUAAACCUAUACUCGUACACAUCCCAGAUCUCUCUCAGCCAUCUCUUUACCAUUCACCGCGAAAUGACAGAUCGCGUGAUUCUAAUCCAACGGCCUCCGUCGGAGUCUUGUCUCCGCAGCUUGAGCCUCAGAUCGCGGUUAAGUCAACUAAGCGAGCUAGCAUCGUUGGCGUGGGACUACAAUGCUAUUUCAAAGAGAUCUCACAGAUGCCUGCUUGGUCUAAGCUAGAAUUCUGUAAAUUCUCUGCUGAUUGGGCAGGUCAAGACUGCGAUUGCAAAGAAAAGAUCGAUGGAGACGAAGACAAAGUCUUAGCACUGACCAAUGGUUUCGGAGAUUCAUCCUCGUUCAAUGGUAGUAGUGGACGUAGCCUUGAGAUAGAAGAGUAUUUUGAUAGAUUAGCAAUCAGAGAGAACGAAGAACACUCUAGCAGCUCUGAUGGCGUUGGAGGAAGAGGAGUGAGGAUUCCACUUCCAUGGGAGCUGUUUCAACCUACGUUAAGGAUUCUAGGACAUUGCUUGCUUAGUCCGUUGAGUACUGGAGAUGUCAAAGAUGCAGCUUCCAAUGCAGUGAGAUCAUUGUACGCAAGAGCAUCUCAUGAUUUGAAUCCGCAGGCGAUUUUAGCUACAAGGAGUUUAGUUAACCUCGAUACAAGCGCACGAACUGCUGCUGCAAAGACCGUAGCUGCAGAGACUGUUAAUGGUGGUUCCUCGAAUGUUAACACGCCAAGCAAGGCGAAAAAACCCGAGAUUCUUCUGGCAUCAAAGUGAGUGUCUAGUGUUUCUUUUAAACCUGAAAAUUGUUUUUGGUUUGUGUAGGUUAUGUUAUGAUGAUGUAUAGUUGAAUUUGAAACAUGUGAGGGGACAAAAUGAAAAAUUUGCAGAUUGAUGUAGAAGAAGAAUCUUUGUGGUUUCUCAUUGUUGUGAUACUUGAGUUGUUUUAAGACUUUCCGAGGAUUAAUUGGUUUGGGUUAGAGAAGUUUGUGGUGGUGAAUGGUCUUAGUGUUGUACUUGUAUGAUCUUAGUUGAACAAGGAUGAUCUUAAUUUGCGGUUGUGGUAAAAUUGCUUGGAUUGUUUUU